CCAGGUACUUACUAAGAGAGCUGCCCUAGUGGGCAGCUACAGGAGAGCUUUGCCCCACAGGCACUCAGCAUCUGCUCCAGGCUUCCUCUCAUUCAGCAACGUCUUGCCCCCCUCAACCCCCUUCUCUCUAGUCCUUAACCUAGUCCUUAACUUGUCAGUCCAGCUUGAUUUGGAGUGCAUGUUAAGAAUGCAGAAUAUUGGGGUUUCUCAUCAAAGAGGCCUAGUCACUGAAGUGCGUUUUAACCAUCAUCUCAGAAGUAUUCCACUCCCUCUCCGCGGCACUUUUAAGGCGAUGAUUCCGGGAAGCUAUGCCAGUGGUCCUUAGGAUGACAGAAACAGGACCUUCAGCCAGGACUGGGUUUUAAGGGCUAAGACGCCCUUACUAGAGGGACUGAAGGAGCAGAGCGCGAUGCCGUAGUUUUCCUGGAGGGGGCGCCAGCAAGCCGCCUCCUGGCUUGUCCAUCCUCUCUCCUCACGUGAAAGGGGGCUGGAGCUAGAAGUAUGCGUCCCCGCCCAGGCUGACGUGAUUGAACCGGCGGUCGGAUUCUUAAAAGCCGGAGCGCCCGGCAACCCAGCAGAGCCGGAGAGGAGGCGAGCGGGCGGGGAGGUAGGCGGACCCGAGCUGGCGUUCGGGAACCUCGGCUGUCACUGCGCUCGGAGCAUCUCCGGGACUUUACGAGUGGACGAGCCCGGCCCUGCAGGCGUAGCGGGUGCAAGCCUCAACCCCCAGUAGCGCUGGUGGAGCGGAGCCUCACCCCGGGGCAGCGAGCAUUGGUGAUUUUAGCACAAAGCACGUUUCCAAAAGUAGCGUUGGGGAGAGUGCCCGGGCCGCGCUUCCGCGCACGCACCCCUUCUCACCCUUUGUUUCGGGGGUCGGCAGGCCGUUGUGCUCCCCAAGUGUGAAUUCUUCGCGAGGGGCGGAGUGCCGCCGAGUCUAGGCUGCGAAGAUGCCCUUGGAGCUGACUCAGAGCCGGGUGCAGAAGAUCUGGAUCCCCGUCGACCACCGCCCCUCGCUACCCAGAUUGUUCAAUGUGGGGGAGUACCGCCGGGAGGCCGUCAAGCAGUACAGCUCCUACAACUUCUUUCGCCCUGACAAUGAAGAAGCCAUGAGAGUGCGAAAGCAGUGUGCUCUGGCUGCCUUGAGAGACGUCAAAAGUUACCUGACAAGGGAAGGGGGCCAAAUUGCGGUUUUUGAUGCCACCAACACUACCAGAGAGAGAAGACACAUGAUCCUUCAUUUUGCCAAAGAAAAUGAUUUCAAGGUGUUUUUCAUCGAGUCUGUAUGCGAUGACCCUACCGUCGUGGCCUCCAACAUCAUGGAAGUGAAAAUCUCCAGCCCAGAUUACAAAGACUGCAGCUCAGCAGAAGCCAUGGACGACUUUAUGAAGAGAAUCAGUUGCUAUGAAGCAAGCUACCAACCCCUCGACCCCGACAAAUAUGAUAGGGACCUCUCCCUGAUCAAGGUGAUCGACGUGGGCCGGCGGUUCUUGGUGAGCAGAGUUCAAGAUCACAUUCAGAGCCGGAUCGUGUACUACCUGAUGAACAUCCAUGUGCAGCCCCGCACCAUCUACCUGUGUCGGCAUGGCGAAAGCGAGCACAACCUCCAGGGCAAGAUUGGAGGUGACUCAGGCCUGUCCAGCCGGGGCAGGAAGUUUGCCAACGCCUUGAGCAAAUUUGUAGAGGAGCAGAACCUGAAGGACCUCAAGGUGUGGACCAGCCAACUGAAAAGCACCAUUCAGACGGCAGAAGCCCUUCAGCUUCCCUAUGAGCAGUGGAAGGCGCUUAAUGAAAUUGAUGCUGGCGUUUGUGAGGAGAUGACCUACGAAGAGAUCAGGGACACCUACCCCGAGGAGUACGCCCUGCGAGAGCAAGACAAGUACUACUACCGCUACCCCACCGGGGAGUCCUACCAGGACCUGGUGCAGCGCCUGGAGCCAGUGAUCAUGGAGCUGGAGCGGCAGGAGAACGUGCUGGUCAUCUGCCACCAGGCUGUCCUGCGCUGCCUCCUGGCCUACUUCCUGGAUAAGAGUGCAGAGGAGAUGCCUUACCUAAAAUGCCCUCUUCACACCGUCCUGAAACUGACGCCCGUUGCUUAUGGCUGCCGUGUAGAAUCCAUCUACUUGAACGUGGAGUCGGUGAGCACACACCGGGAGAGGUCAGAGGAUGCAAAGAAGGGACCUAACCCGCUCAUGAGACGCAAUAGUGUCACCCCACUAGCCAGCCCCGAGCCCACCAAAAAGCCUCGCAUCAACAGCUUUGAGGAGCAUGUGGCUUCCACCUCCGCUGCCCUGCCCAACUGCCUGCCCCCGGAGGUGCCCACGCAGCUGCCCGGACAACCUUUGCUAGGGAAAGCCUGUCUAACAUGAAAGGCUCCCAGAGCAACGACUCCUCCCGGACACACUGAGGCAGACCCAUCGGUGCACUCCAUUUCCAUUUCUGCAGCUUAGCUAGUGCUCUUCUGUCUACUCAAGGCCAAAUGAUCCCAAGGACUUCUACUGGAACAGGAGGGGUGGUGAAGAAGGCCAUGCUGGUGGAACAGAACCGGGGCCCCAGUGGCGUCGGGGAAGCCGAGACAUUGGGAGGCCUUUCCCAUGCUCACGCACGACCAGCACAGCUGCCCUGUGAGGCCGCAGGCCAGCGCCACCUCUGCUGUCUGUGGCCCUCCAGUGGCCCUCACUGACUGCCCACCUCCCCGCCCCGACUCCCCAAGGCUCAGUGAGGAUGAGCAGAGGAGGAGGCGAGAUGGCCUCGAGAUGGCGGUGUCAGUGCCACUGUGCUAUUUUGUGGUUUCUUAGCUGGUAUGUGCUCAGCUGGGGACAUGACACUGGCCCCGGAAAUCUGCAUUAAAGGGGCCUAGAUCCCAGUGACUGAAGGUCAAGGGAUGUGGAGCUCUCACCAGGCUGUGCUGUUCAUCUCGGCUGGGGACGUCGCCUGUGAAGUCCAGGUGGAAAGAAGCCAUGCUCUGUCUGCGCGUGCGCACACCUUCUGGGCAGGGCCUGGCAGUGUAGUGCUUCAAUGGCCCUGGGAUCCCAGCCCCAGGGCACCCUUGGUUCUUCUGCCUAGAUCUCUGACACCUGAGAUGGAAUUCCCGGGGCUGCUCUUGUUUGCACUUUGUUUUAUGGCAGAAAGUGUGGCUCGAAAGUGGCACCAUCUCUUCAGGAACUUAGAUUUUUGGGUUUUGUGCCCUCAGUGACUGCAGGGCUGAAAUAAAAUGGGGAGGCGCGUGGCAGCGGGCACCUGAUAGGGUGAACUCAGGACUCUGCGAUCCAGCCGAAGCGAGAGCGAGAUCAUUGUAGGAUUGGCCGGGAGGCCGUGCGGGGGCUCCUGUGUCCUCCCCGCCCCCACUUUCUGCAGGAGGUGGCCACCUUCCAUGUUUCAUGGUAGGGACAGUGGCAGGGCCAAGCCCUGCCCUUGGCCACUUCCUCCCGGGUGUCCGUGGCCUCCUGGCAGGUCUCUGUCAUCUCCCCACAUUUUUCUCGAGCUCCCACUGCCUGCCUGUGCUGUGCUGGCUUCCCAGGGAUUCAGAAGAGGGAGACAGCCCCUGCUCUCCUCUAUGGCACCUUGGCCCUUCUUCUUUUAGAGCGGGGCUUUGGGAUCUGUGUUCUAAAUCCCUGUCGUUUCUACCUGCUUGUUUCUCCUUGUUGGCUCCAAGUACUGGGUGUCUUGAGGCUCAGAAGAAGCAAUUUCUAGACUUAGCAAUGGAGUUUGCCCAGAUGACCCUUUAGGAAUCUCUGCAAGUCGGUGCCAAAGGACACUACUUUCCUGCCUUCUGCUUUGGAGCCUCACACCCUCACUCACCCCUCUUAGCUUAAGAAAUAGUUAUUGGGAGUGGGAUUGGGGACACUGAGCCUUCUGGGGCCUGCAGUGGAGAAGAGCUGUGUUUUGUUUUGUUUGAAGAACUUUGAGAGAAUGCAUGUUUCUCUGGUUGUGAUUAAGUGGGAAAUGGAAACACACUUCAGCUACCAUACAAUCAAGUUUGUAGUUUUCACACCAAACCAUUCGAAUCCCGCUCCCCACUACCUGCAACCCUACCCAGUUGGCAGGCAGCCUGAGAGGCUGUCUGUAUGUACAUUCCUGUGAGGAAGACCUGGGCUAUUUUUCUUACUCAAAAUUUUAAGUCUGGUCAGACAGCAUGUUCGUGUGUAUGAGUGUGAGUGUGUGUGUGUGCGCAUACUGGUGUGUUUGUAGGCUGCCUGCAUUUUUCGGUGGCCUGUAGCUCUGCCCUUGAGCACCUACUUUCUGGCCUAAUCUCUUUCUCACACCUACUUUCUGGCCUAAUCUCUUUCUGGGUGUCAGAGCUGACCCUGACUAUUGGCUGACCCCAGCCAGACCUUUAGGGCACCCCUCCCCCUCAUCUCUGACACAAGGGGACUUUGCCUAACAGGACUUUCUCCUUUAAGGCCUAGCAGGGGAGAUAGAGCAUAAAUGUGGAAGGGGAAGGAGGCCUCUGAGAGCAGAGGCUGCCUCAUUGAAAGCCGGGAUCUUAAUUUGGGGGAGAGGGAGUGGUGGAUGGAAGGUGUUGAGCUGCAGCACCGAACUCCAGCCACUCCUGACACCACCUCCUCUCCUGCCACAAAAUCUGGGACCAAUUUUUUUAACUUUGCAUAUUUGUUUUUGGGUGUGCUUACCCUCUCCUUAUUCUGUCCUGAGAUCAUGGGCCACGCUCUUCAUUUGGGGGAAGAAGAAAAACUGAACCACACCAAUGACAUUUUUGUUUGUAAUACUUGAAAUUUAUUUUUUUAUUAUUUUGAUAGCAGAUAUGCUAUUUAUUUAUUUAAUAUGUAUAAGGGAGCCUGAAGAUAGGAAGCUGUAUAGACUGGGUUUGGUUGGUUGUUGGUUUGGGGGCCUUUGACAUGUGACUUAUGACGCCUCUGUGUUCUAAUGUUUGUCUGAAUUAAUUUACCUGGGAUGAAGCUGCCAGCUUUCACACAGGGGAUGCCUUUCAGAAAUUUGUAUAUUUUGCAGUUGCCAGAUCAAUAAAAUACCUGGUUGAAAU